UUUAUAAUUUUUUUCAUGCUUCAUUUAGUUGAUGCUUUACCUUUUGGUGGAGUUGGAAAAAGUGGUAUGGGGGCAUAUCAUGGAAAAUACUCAUUCGAUACCUUCUCACACAAAAAGGCCGUUCUCAUUAGGAAUUAUGCAAUGCUUGGGGAGAAACUUGGAGCAGCUCGUUAUCCUCCAUAUUCUCCAAGUAAUGAAAAAUAUCUGAGGAAGCUGCUCAAGAAACGACCAAAUUUAGCACCUCCACAUUUGGAUUACAUUUUCAUAUUUAUAAUAGGAUUUGCAACUGCCAUUUUAUUGAAAGUAAUACUUCAUUUUGCUGGAGUCAAAUAUUUCUAAAACAGAAGUUUUGUAUUAAUGAUAUAUAUAUCCUGUAAAGUCCAGUCAGCUGGAGAUGUAUUAUAAUGGCAUAUAUUAUGUAAUGAUUACAGCUUUCAUAUAGAAUAAAUAAUAAGAAUGAGAUAGUGAAUUUGCAUGAAUAAAGUGUUGAAGUCUGUGAUAUAAUUGACAUUAAUAAUUCAGAUACUUUCAUACAAUACUUAUGUAUGUAUUCUUAAUACUAUUUUAAUGAUGCAAACCAUAAGGGCAGAGAAUUUUAUGUAGUAAUUGUAAUUAAUUUGCCACUGAAUGAAAGGCACUCAUUUUUUAAUUAAAAAUAUAAAUACAGAAAAAGAAUUUCUAGGAGUAUAUCAAUUACCAUUUUUUCUUAUAAAAUUACAGUAAUUUUAAAAACAUCUUAAGUAUGAUUUGUGUCAUAUAAUGUUUGUUUUCCAUUUGUACAUAUUGUUGUAAAAAAGUUGUUUAUACUAAUAUUUUUAUAUUCUAAUUUUGUUUCCAUAUUUGUUUUGCAUUAUUUUUAAGCUUAUAAGUCUUAUUAUGUUCGAUUAUUGUCAAUAAAAUUUGUUAUUUAAUGUAAGA